AUGAGCUACGGUUUCAUUCCACUGAAUUCCUUUGGUGAGCUUUUGUUGUUGCUGCUGCAGGAAGAGCCGAGAGGAUCAUCUUUAUGGAAAACAACCAACAAGGAGGGCAGCAAAAAACAACAAAAAGGACGCAGAAAUCAUAAAGUGGUUUUGAACAAGUUAAAAAAGCGCAUAGGGGAAAAAAGAAAUGAAAAAGCUCAGACUCAAUCUCAUUCAUAG